AUGCCUGCUAUCACCCUGAAAUCAAGUGCGACCGACGACCAAAUCAAACAGGUGAAAGACAACAUCACCUCAAGCGGCGGCAGCAUCAAGUCGGACUUUGAACUAGUCAAGGGCUUCACCGCCGAGGUUCCUGACGGGAUGGUGGGUACCUUGUCGAGCCAUGACCUUAUUGAGAAUGUGGAGGAGGACGCGAACGUGAGCACUCAGCGAUAG